AACUCUACCCCAGAUUCAGAGGUGGUGACUUACCGGGUGUAGUUGAACCGGGGUAACUUUAGGGGUCUCUACUGAAUUCAACAAGGAUACCGGGUAUUUUCUGAUUUCAGACAGCGCUAGUGGGAUAAUUCAACAUGGUGGUAGUGGCAGCAGGGACCGGGGGAGCACAUAAGGUGCUCCUCAUAUCCGGGAAGCAGAGCGGCUCCUCCGGCGGCUCACAGCCGGGCUACAGCCGACCCCUAUCCGUCGUUUUACCGUCACUUUCCAGCCAAGUGUCGUCGGACUCAGACUCCGGCAGCUCAGCGGGGCCGCCGAUACGGAAACGGCAGAGACUCACACACUUGAGUCCGGAAGAGAAAGCACUUCGCAGGAAACUCAAGAACAGAGUCGCAGCUCAGACGGCCAGAGACAGGAAAAAGGCCAAAAUGGGGGAACUAGAACAACAAGUCCUAGAGCUGGAGCUUGAGAAUCAGAAACUUCACAUUGAAAACAGGCUUCUUCGGGAAAAGACGGGUGGCCUACUGACAGAAAAUGAGGAACUGAGACAGAGGCUCGGGUUGGACACCCUUGACUCAAAAGAGAAGGUGCAGGUUCCAUUGUCCACGGGGAAUGAUUCAAGUUUAGGGGUCGGGUCUUCUGAGCGCAGUACUCAGGCUAUGUGUGCCUCCGCAGCAGGUACAGGCCCAGCAGUCCCUAAAUCUGAAGACUUCUCAAUGGAUACAGAUGGUUCUGACACUACAGACAAUGAGUCUGAUUUGUUACUGGGCAUUCUGGACAUCCUUGACCCAGAGCUGUUCCUCAAGUCAUGUGAGCAGGAGUGCCAGGAGCCGCAGGUGCUGCUGGUCGGAGGGGGGGACCCAGUACCUGCCACCACACCUGAGGCUCUGGGGGCCCCAUCAGUUAAGCUGGAGGCCCUUAAUGAACUGAUCCACUUUGACCACAUUUACACCAAGCCCGUGGAGGAGGUUGAUGAUGCGCAGUGCAGCGACUUGGAGAGCGACACGGAGGAGAAGAUGGACGAGGCUGCCUUCCCUGUUACGGAGGUGGUGGUUGAGGAGGAGACCGUCUCCAUCAAAGAUGAGCCAGAGGAAGUGGUCAUCCCCAGCUGUAAUAGUCACAGUCAGGUGGAUGAGUUUUUCUCUGCGGCCUCUUCCCCAGCCUUCAGUGCCCCCCUUGAUAAGGAAGUUUGCCUUGCGGACACCUACAGCGACUCUGGAUACGAAGGGCCCCCUUCCCCUUUCAGCGACAUGUCCUCUCCCUUGUGCUCGGAGAGCUCCUGGGAGGACAUGUUUGCCAAUGAACUUUUCCCUCAGCUUAUCAGUGUCUGAAUUCAACCCCAGCAACUUCUAAUGUAAUCCAGCUAAUAAGUAGUGUUUUAUUGCAAUUAAGCACAAGAUGCUUCAGAAUAACUUAAAAAAAAACAACAACACACCACCCACUUAUGUGUGGGCUAAAGUUAAGCACAUAAUCUCCUUGUAUUACAGCAGGUCUGUACCACUGAUACUGCAUUGACUUGUGGGAUAUGGAGUUUAUGCAGACUUAAUUUUAGCUCCACUUAAUUUACUGUAUAGGAUCUAAGAUUGGAUACAAAUCUUUCAACUGCCAUUCAAAAGGGGGAAAUGUGGAUUCAGUAUUUUUGUGAAUUUGUCAGGGGGAUGGGGGGCUGAACAUCUAAAUAUUUUAUUUAUUUGUAUUCUCUGCUUCAGAGUCGUUGUAUGUUUGCAUGUAUAAAGGCCAUCUUCUAAUUUGUCUGCCGCUCUCCUUGUAGUCUAAUUACUGCAAUAAAAAAACUUUUUGCAUUGCA